AAAUAAUUUUAACUCCAGAAUAAACAACACCUGUGUCGAAGCAAAUGCUAUGUAUGCAUUACAGGUAUAACAUGCGUUUAUCUUGGCCAGGUCGCAAUUGUAAAUGAGAACUUGUUCUCAACUUGCCUACUACCUGGUUAAAUAAAGGUGCAAUUAAAAUAAAUAAAUAAACAUUUACUUGAUGUAUUUCACCGAAAGUCCCUGAUAUUUAUUCUAAUUUAUUGUUUUAAGGUUAUUUUGAGAUGUGUUACACUACUUUCAAGAGUGAACUAUUGUAUUGUAUUUAUUUUCUACAUGGUGUUAAUGCUGUGAGGUCAUCAACGGGAGCCAUGCUUUUACUCCUCGGUUUGCUCAGAGCCUGAUGAGGAGAGGCUAAUAUAGUUGUGUAUGGCAGUCCAGACGGCAGCAUCAAGCUUGGCUUUGUAUUUGUAUCCAGUCACCAAAAGAGAGACAACCGGCAGGCUUGUGUCCAGAGACUUGUCUUCCACCUACACCUCACCAGAACACAACGCAGAAAGGACAUACCAAGUAAAGCCGAGGACCUCAAUGGGCCACUUCAAGGUCUAUGUCCAGCGCAGGGACACAGCAACAGCUGUAGAGCCUCCUAAUCCAUCUGCCGAGCCAUCAGAUCAGGAGUUGCUGUCUAUCUGCCUGGGUUUUGACCAAGCAUUAACAGGAUACACUUUAAAGUGGUAAGCUGCUCCUACUGCCACUGCACCCCCUGCUGUGCUAGCUCCCACUGCCCCUCCUCAGCUCCGGUCAACCUCCCAGGCAACAGCUGGACCAGUACAGCCUGCUGCUGACGCUCAGGUGCUUCUUCUCCCUGAGGGAUGGAAGCAGACCCUCCCAAAGGAGCAGCAAGAGUGGGUCAGUCGGCCAUUUUCAUAAGAGACAAGCAGCUCAAAUGUGUCCUGAAAAGCCAGCUUGAGCUGUGGUACUUCCCUCCUCUGCCUGCUAACAUCAGCCUCCAGCUUCUCCCUCUGCCUACUUCCUCCGGCCAUUCUGCCUCUGGAUGCCCUGCCACCUGUGGGCCUUUAAGUUUGUGUGCACCCAGCCACAGUGCACCCAGCCACAGUGCACCCAGCCACAGUGCAAGCGUCAAAAGCUCACAGGCUGUGGGGUGUACAAGACAGUCCGGAGGGUGCUUGACAUGGACGGCUGGUAUUAAAUGGGGACAGAGUACCUGGAGUGCCGCCUCUGUAAGAUGCUACUAGCAGGAUGGUCGCUGGAGGUCUUGAACCAGCUGGACACAAGUCAUCGCUCCAUGUUCCCAGCCAUCUUGACUUACAGGCUGUCCUGUGACCUGAAGGUGGUCAGGCUGAUGAAAGAGAGGACACCGGGGAACAGUGUGACCAGGCUGUACAACCAGCUGAGGGAGCAGCACAGCCUGGCCUGGAUGAGUCGGACCCUGUACUACCUGUCUGUCUGUGACCACUUUGUAGUCCCAGGUGCUGCACCACUGAGGGUAACACCUCCUCCUCCCUUUUUGGAUGUGCCCUCAAUCCAGUGGCUGCUGACUGUCCACGGCUACAACGUUCUGUUCCAGCUAGAGGACUUCAAGGCCAGAGUCACCUCCAUCUUUGGGUCCAUCCUGAAGAUGGAUUCAACCAAGAAGGUGACCAAGAAACUAGCUGGGACAGCAGCGUGGGCCACAAAUGUUGUCAAUGAGUACGGCCAGGCGCUCAUUACGGUCCUCACUGACAGUGAAGGAGAGGGUCUGCUCGACAUGGCAGCUGGCCUCCAGCAGCGCUACAGCCAGGUGCUCAUUACGGUCCUCACUGACAACGAAGGAGAGGGCCUGCUCGACAUGGCAGCUGGCCUCCAGCAGCGCUACGGCCAGGUGCUCAUUACGGUCCUCACUGACAGUGAAGGAGAGGGCCUGCUCGACAUGGCAGCUGGCCUCCAGCAGCGCUACGGCCAGGUGCUCAUUACGGUCCUCACUGACAGUGAAGGAGAGGGCCUGCUCGACAUGGCAGCUGGCCUCCAGCAGCGCUACGGCCAGAUGCUCAUUACAGUCCUCACUGACAGCGAAGGAGAGGGUCUGCUCGACAUGGCAGCUGGCCUCCAGCAGCGCUACGGCCAGGCGCUCAUUACGGUCCUCACUGACAGUGAAGGAGAGGGUCUGCUCGACAUGGCAGCUGGCCUCCAGCAGCGCUACGGCCAGGCGCUCAUUACGGUCCUCACUGACAGCGAAGGAGAGGGUCUGCUCGACAUGGCAGCUGGCCUCCAGCAGCGCUACGGCCAGGCGCUCAUUACGGUCCUCACUGACAGUGAAGGAGAGGGUCUGCUCGACAUGGCAGCUGGCCUCCAGCAGCGCUACGGCCAGGCGCUCAUUACGGUCCUCACUGACAGUGAAGGAGAGGGUCUGCUCGACAUGGCAGCUGGCCUCCAGCAGCGCUACGGCCAGGCGCUCAUUACGGUCCUCACUGACAGUGAAGGAGAGGGUCUGCUCGACAUGGCAGCUGGCCUCCAGCAGCGCUACGGCCAGGCGCUCAUUACGGUCCUCACUGACAGUGAAGGAGAGGGUCUGCUCGACAUGGCAGCUGGCCUCCAGCAGCGCUACGGCCAGGUGCUCAUUACGGUCCUCACUGACAGCGAAGGAGAGGGCCUGCUCGACAUGGCAGCUGGCCUCCAGCAGCGCUACAGUAAAUCUGGAGUGGCACCUCCCAAGCUGCUCUCUGUCGACCGGGACUGCCACGCCCUGAUGGGAAAGGGGAAGACGGCAGCCAUGUUCAGCCAGUGGGAUGAGCUCAUCGUCCGGCUGGAUGUGUGGCACCUCAUCCGUCGUUUAGCUCGGGGAGUGACCACAGAGAGUUCGGGGAGUGACCACAGAGAGCUCGGGGAGUGACCACAGAGAGCUAUGCUCUCUUUUUGUGGCGGCUCUCCUCCUGCAUGUUGGUGUGGUGUGCAGAUGAUGUGGAGCGCCUGCUGGAGGCCAAGCGAGGUGAGCUCAUGGAGAGCAACAUCACGGGGCUCAGCGACGCACAGGUGAUGAAGAGGAUCAGCCUGAAGGAGAUGGCUCGGCACUGUCGUCGUCUCCGCACGCGCGGGGCGGAGGAGACUGAGCGUCUCAUCAGGGAGCUCCUGGAGACCUUCAGGGAUGCCACAGUCACCCUGGGCGUCCGGCUCCUGGACCGUGACCGAAUGCAGGCCAUCUGGCAGACCCAGAGACGACACCUGGUCUGCAUUCAGGACCCCCCUGGUGUCAGCCUCUAUACCAACAAGGGCAAGGACCGUGACCAAGGGCGGGGUCAUCCUGCCUGUGUUGCGCUGCGCUCGUGUCUCCACCUCCCUGGAGUCUAUCCACCUCCACCACUUCAUUCCUGGUGUUAAAUGUAAAACUGGGUCAUGUUGUUACGUCAUGUUGUGUGUUAACAACUGUGUGCAUGGGAGGAGUUAUUAUUUCUUGUUGUCCUCAUUUAUAGGAACAAGUGCGGGUCCCAAGCACUUUCAGGCCUACCUCCUUGAAGGGUUGGUUCAGUGGAAUGAGGACCGUGCCGAAGCUGCAGCCGAGGGGUGGGGCAGAAGCAGACCCUGCACUGCUAUGAUGCUGUAGCCCAGCACACCAUCAAUGAGCUGAGCCAGAAGCUCCUGGGCCCAGUCUUGUGAAGGAUCACACAAGGCCUGCAAAGUACACUGGGGAACUCAUUGGGGUCGAGUAUCUCUUCUCCCAGACCCAUGGUGACCAGAGUCCAACCUCGGUAAGGACCCAGAUGUCCCAGACGGGACACCUACUCUAUUUGAGGGAGAGGAGGAUGACCCCACCAUGUCCUUGCCCGACCUCGAUGACCGUCUCUCACCAGUCCCUCCACCGCCCACUCAACCCAACCCAUCCCAGGUACCUGUCGUCACACCCCCUGAUGACACUGCACCAGCUGCCAGUCAGGACCCGGAGGAUGAUGAGUACAUCGGACCUGAUGGGGUUAGUGGAUACCAGCACGUGGUCCUCCUGGCCACUAGUCAGCCACUGCCACCUCCACCCAGUCUGUCUUCCACCUCCCUCCCUAUAACGCCAGUCUCCCAAGACCUGCCUUCGACCUCCACUCCUCUUCCCCCUUCUGCUGGUGGACCCAAGGUCUCCAGGACCACCGAAUGGAGGAGGAAGAAGCUGGAGUCUGGCAUAAAAGUCAGAGUGCACAAGCCAUACGUGCUCUAAAUGUGGCAAGCCUAAAACUUCUGAGUUUGGACACAUGAUUCUGUGCCACUACCUCUGGUGGCCAAACUGUGGAGGAGUGGCUGGCACUCAUGGGGGCCCAGCAUGGUGCUAGCCAAGGCCAGUAAACUCUGACUGGUGUGUACAUUGUAAAGUAGUUUUUGUUCUUUGUUUUUUUUAUGACAUUCAUUGUUAAUCUCUUGUACAUUUAGUUAUUUUAAAAUAAUCUUAACUUGUGCAGUAGGAUGGGUUGUUUCACAUAUGACAUUCCCUGUGAAAUAAAUAAUUGAAUGC